AUGGCCCCCCAAACUCGCAAGAGAAAGGUUUCUGCCACUGGCAAGUUUUUACUAUUGGUGUACACGCGCAAACAUGCUAACAACUGGGCAGAGAGCAACGAUCCACAAGAUACACCCCCUAAGAAAACAACACGAGCCGCGCGAAAGACGGCUCCAAAGGCAGCAGGACAACGAAAAGGCAAGACCGCUACCAACAAAGAGGUGGAUUUUCCGACAAAUUUACAAACAGCGCAAGGCAGCGAAGCAAAGAAGCAAGUUCAGAAGCAAGGAAGCGAUCUUGUCAAGGAAAUUGAUAACGAGCUCAAGACACGAAUUCCGCAGAUAGACCACAGUGAAUUGAUGAAAGACCUCUCGCCAGAUCUUGCCACUGUUCUACCUUGGAUGCGCUCUUCGCCAGCUUCGGCCAAGGAUACACAAACAUACCCUCAACUAUUGCUUAAGGCUCUCGAUGAUCUACAAAUCCACGUCAGUGCUUACGAGAGAACGGUCAACCAAGAUACUGGGAUCAGGGCGCCGAAUCAGAUGCGCUGGGUGCAAGAUGCUAAAGACUUGGAAGGCAUGAGCCAGCAUGGGCUACAAAUGGUUACAAAGAUCAUCAAUCACACUGUCAUGCCUGACGUUUACGAACUUCCUACCAAGCCUGACGAGAGUGAAAGUGGUGUUGAAGAAGUGGCAUGGGAGCUCAUCGAGGAAGCUCUGCCGGAAGAGUCUAAUGAGAUAUGGGGAAAGAUUGCUCAGGGUCAUGUAAAGGCUUUGACUGAGGUGAUGAAGGUACUUCCAGUGGGAGAAGAGGAGGUAAUCUGUUCGGAAUGA